GAAAUUAUUUUAUUUACAAAUUAUUAAAUCAAUAAAAAUAAAAAUUACAUAUUAAAAAAUUACGUCAAAGUUUCUACAAAAUAAAAUGUGACAAAAAUAUUUAAAUUUAUCAAAUAAUCAAUGAAAAUAGACAAAUAAAUAAAAAUUAUUGAAGGGUGUGAAAAAAAAUUAUAAUAAAAAUAAGGACAGAUAGAAUAUAUGAAAUGUAUGUAUGAAAAAUAGUUUUAGAGAGAAGCUGCAGCUUCUCUAAACCCAGCUCGCCGUCAGAUCACAUCACCGGUCACCGAUCAGCACCAGCGCUUCACUCUCAUCUGCCUUAUCACAGACCUAUCCACGAUGCCCUUAGGGGAACGCCAAUCCCAAAAUCUACAGGCAGGCCUCCAUGGAAGCGCCUCUCACGAACCAGAACUUUCCCCGGCAGUCUUGGCACAACCUCAAUCGAAUACAUAUAUCAUCACAGAGGCUGUGGUCUUUGAACAACAUGCACCUAGUUCUGGUCCUUCUACGAGGAGGGUUUAUCUAGAAACCAGUAAUUGCAACUUCAAGUAUAAGAUUGAGGUGAUCAUUCAAAGAAAGUUACCUCUGGCCUUAAAAGAAUCAGGCAAGUGAUAACUUUCACACCAUGGAAGAAAGAGAAAGUAAAGAAACUUGGAAGAGAAGUUGUUAUUCUAUCUGUGAAAGUCUGCGUACAAGCUAAAGGAAAAGGAGUAUAUAAAGGAACCAAAACUACUAGCUAACAGAAAACUGCAAAGCCUAAAAUUAAGCCCCAAACAGUGGGGUUAGUUAAACACUAAGUGACAGCUG